UUUUGUGUGGGUGUAGCUUUCUUAGAUGGAAAGUUUCUUGAAAGACUAGGAAAAAAAUAAAAAGGAUGUCUGGAGAAAUUUAAAUGUAAGUACUGGAUUUUGGCUGCGAGGAAGAUAAAUAUGACAUCCUGUUUUGCUUCCAAGUGACCCUGUACACAUGCGUAGAACUGCGGGCUCGUGGAUUUCAGAAUCUACAGAAUGGCUGAUAAGUUGGAUGAAUUUAUUGAAGAGCGAAAAGCCAAAUUGGCCAAAGACAAAGCUGAAUUGGAGCGUGAUCCACCUUACAUGGAAAUGAAGGGGAAUGCAUCAGAGAAGCUUUCUGAAAACAGUAAAAUAUUAAUCUCCAUGGCGAAGGAAAACAUACCACCAAACAGUCAACAAACCAGGGGUUCCUUAGGAAUUGAUUAUGGAUUAAGUUUACCACUUGGAGAAGAAUAUGAACGGAAGAAACAUAAACUAAAGGAAGAAUUGCGGCAAGAUUACAGGCGCUAUCUUACUCAGGGCAUUACACAAGCAAAAAGAAAGAAAAAUUUUCUAUCUACGGGUGAAACAGAUCCAUCUACUCUGGGAGUUUCUCUUCCUAUUGGUGAGAGGUUAUCUGCAAAGGAAAGGUUGAAACUUGAACGCAACAGAGAAUACAAUCAGUUUCUCAGGGUUAAGGAAGAAUCCAGUGAAAAGUCCAGACAGGUAGAAAAGAGUACUGAGCCCAACAGUGAAGGAAUUAAAAAAUCUUUUAGUCGAGUUCAACCUGAUGUACCUUCACUAAUACAAACAUCUUGCGAAAAUUCAGAGGGUCCCACGACAGAUAUCUUAAUUCCUUCAGAGGCAUAUGAACAGCUUCUAAACCAAAGACGAUUAGAGGAAGACAGAUAUCGACAAUUAGAUGAUGAAAUUGAAUUAAGGAAUAGAAGAAAUAUUAAAAAAACGAAUGAAGAAGCGGGCAUCUCUAAUACAAAGCAGCAAAGUUUUGCCAGCAAGACUGGUAUUCCAGAUAGAAGACUUCGCAAGUUUAAUGACAACCGCAUUGUUGAUAGACAGUAUUAUAGACCAGACCAAGAUCCUGAAGUAAGUGAAGAAAUGGAUGAGAGAUUUAGAUAUGAGAGUGAUUUUGAUAGAAGACUUUUGAGAGUGUAUCCAAAUGACAGGAUGCACAGGAACAGACAAGGAAAUGUGCCUCCUAUGGAUUAUGAUGGUGAUGUCACAGAACAGUUAAAUAUACGAAUUUCAUCUGCUGGAAAUAAAAGUGCCCAAGAUAAUGCACCAUCCAAAUCUGCUAAUCGAGACAUCUGUAGUCCUUUUGCAGGGAUGCUCUUUGGAGGUGAAGAUAGAGAAGUUAUUCAGAGAAGGAAAGAAAAAUAUAGACUGGAGCUAUUGGAACAAAUGGCUGAACAACAGAAGAACAAGAGACGAGAAAAAGAUUUAGAACUCAGGGUUGCAGCUUCUGGAGCACAAGAUCCUGAGAAAUCGCCUGAUAGACUACAGCAGUUUAGUGUGGCACCAAGACACUUUGAAGAGAUGAUUCCUCCUGAAAGACCUAGAGUAGCUUUCCAGACACCUCUCCCUCCUUUAUCUGCCCCAUCUGUCCCACCCAUCCCACCACUUCAGUCUGUUCCAUCUCAAAAUGAAGAUUUAUACAGUGGACUCAGCAGCACCCUUGGUGAAAUGGUGCCUCCCAGGAUUGCACCUCUGCCUCCACCUCCCCUAAUACCACCUUUGGCUACUAACUACAGAACUCCUUAUGAUGAUGCCUACUAUUUUUAUGGUGCCAGAAAUACUUUGGAUCCCAGUAUUGCUUACUAUGGAGUACAGCCUGCAGCUUAUGUUAGUGCUCCUGUCACCCGCCAAGUAGCACAACCUAUUGUGAAUGCAAUUGGACAGAAUGAACUGAAAGUUACAAGUGAUAGAACAGUAAAUUCAGGAUUGUUUUUUGAAGAUAAACCAAAACCUUCCCGACAGUCUCUUCAGUCUUACCAAGAAGCUUUGCAGCAGCAGAUUCGGGAAAGGGAAGAAAGGAGGAAGAAAGAACGUGAAGAGAAAGAAGAAUAUGAAGCUAAAUUAGAAGCAGAAAUGAGAAGUUACAACCCCUGGGGAAAAGGUGGAGGUGGAGCUCCUCUCAGGGAUGCAAGAGGAAAUCUGAUAACUGAUUUGAAUAGGAUGCACAGACAAAAUAUAGAUGCCUACCAUAACCCAGAUGCAAGAACAUACGAAGAUAAAAGGGCUGUUGUAUCUCUAGACCAAAAUUUAGCCACUUCAAAUGCUGAGAACCUAGAAGAUUCUGCAAAUAAAAACUCAGGUCAUAUGCAAACACAGAGCUCUCCUUUUGCUCGGGGAAAUAUUUUUGGUGAGCCUCCUACUGAGCUUCAGAUUAAACAGCAAGAAUUAUACAAGAAUUUUCUUCGUUUUCAGAUUGAAGAAAAGAAACAAAGAGAAGAAGCAGAACGAGAGAGACUGAGAAUUGCAGAAGAAAAAGAAGAAAAACGGCUUGCAGAACAGAGGGCACGAAUUCAGCAAGAGUAUGAAGAGGAACAGGAAAAGAAAAAGGAAAAAGAAGAAGAGCAAAGACUUAAAAAUGAAGAGCUUAUUCGGUUAGCUGAAGAAAGACGAAAAGAAGCAGAAAGAAAGAAGAAAGAAGAAGAAGAGAAACAUAAUCUGCAACUUCAGCACUACUAUGAGAGAGAAAAUACCAUUGGGGCAGAAACAAAGCACUUGAGGCAGCCUUCUCCUGUGGUUCCUGCUCUUCAGCACAAAAUUGCAAGCAAACUUCAAAGACCUCCUUCAGUUGACAGCAUCAUAAGUUCCUUUAUUCAUGAAAGUUCUGUGUCCAGGCCACAGUCUCCUCCAGUACCUGCCAGGAAAAAUCAGCUCCGUGCAGAAGAAGAGAGAAAAAAUGUAAUUAUGGAAUUAUCAGAAAUGAGAAAACAGCUUCGUAGUGAAGAGAGGCGUCUACAAGGGCAGCUACUACACAUGGAUGAUGAUGAAAUUCAUAUAAGGAAAAGAGAAAGGAAUCCCAUGGAUAUAUUUGACAUGGCUAGACAUCGAUUGCAAGCUCCUGUUAGAAGACAGUCGCCUAAAUGCUUAGAUGUCACUACUUUGCAGAAUAUUCAUGAUUUUAAUGAGCUGAAAGAUAGAGAUUCAGAAACACGAGUUGACCUGAAAUUUAUGUAUCCUGAUCCUCCAAGAGAUCAUCACACCUUAGAGAUUCAGCAGCAAGCCCUGCUACGAGAGCAGCAGAAGAGGCUGAAUAGAAUAAAAAUGCAGGAAUGUGCUGAGGUUGACUUAGAUGCCAGAGGAAGAGAGCAUAGAAUGUCCAGAGAUGUCAGUAAUGAUCUCUUGAAAAAUUCAUUAUUGGAAUCUGAUAGUGCCUUUAUUGGUGCUUACGGUGAGACAUAUCCUGCCAUUGAAGAUGACACCUUCCCUUCACCAUCACCAUCACAGCUGCCCUCUGCCAGGGAGCGCAGGAGGAAUAAACUGAAAGGACUGGACUUUGAUAACAGUCAGUCUAAUGCACCACCCGAUGGUAUCUCUUUAAAAUCUGUCUCCAGUGUAAAUGUUGAUCAGCUUAGAACGAGAAAUGAGGAACGCAUGCGAAGACUGAAUGGACUUCAGAAUAAAUCUGUUAAUCCAGUAGAUGACGAUGAGAGUUCACUGGUGGACCCUGAUGACAUCAUCAAACAUGUGAGUGAUGACGGAUCAAAUUCUGUUGCAACUGAACCCUGGCUCCGCCCCGGGACCUCAGAAACACUGAAAUACUUCAUGGCAGAGCAGCUGAACCAGGAGCAGGAGCAGCAGCAGGUUCCUGGGAAACCUGGCACUUACACUUGGCAGGGGCUGUCUACUGCACAUGGUUAAAAUUAGUCUCUGCUGGAUCCAGUAGUGCCUUUUAUGGUGAGAAGCGUGUGAAACCUGUACCUUCUACCUGAGAAUGAUCUGCUCAGGUUCCAUCUGUAUAUAAAAGUGCUUUUCCGUGAUUGUGUAGAUGUAUGUUAUGUACAUAAAUAAAAGGCUAAGAUUAUUGAUAGAAUUAUAUAGAACUAUUUUUGCAAAAUUUUGCCAUUAAGGGGGUAAUCAACUCUUGGAUUCAACUACCGUAUGUGCAUUAUUUUUAAACUGUUUGCCAUUAAGACAAGGUAUAGAAAAUGUCUUAACAGUACUGUAAAACCAGGAUAAUCCUUGAGACAGAUUGGAAUCUAUUUAAAAUAAUUCACUUGGUAAUUACAUCUGUUGUAGUUGUGACUAUUCAUUGCUAGGUAAUGAGGGGAUCAAAUGUGUUAUUCUAAUGUCAUUUGUAGCUACUGAUUCUGUAGAAAUUAUGGAGCUGUAAUUACUUUAUUCCUGUGAGCCAUGCACUAAAUGUUAUAUCUUUCUGCCUGCAUAUUAUUUUGGUGCCAAUGAAAGGCAUUGUCUUAAGUUACUAAUUUAUAUAACUACUUCUUGACAGAAAUAAAUUUUUAUUUUUAUUAUCAA